UUUGUUGUUUUGCUUGCGUUCAAGCCAUUCCUUCAAAAGCUGCUCUCGAUUUUAGACACCGAAAAGAACCCAUCGCCACGCACGGUCCCAAGAAUGUGUUAUCAGGUCGUCGAACGCUACUCGGUCUGCCGAUGUCUAUACUACAAACACGCCAUCGAUCCGUGUGCUGCUCAUGGACAGCGAGGACAUAUGGUCCAGGAAAAGACGGUUCUUGUAGGCUAUGCUUGCAAUACACAUAGUAGCCACCGACCCAACAUCGCCUACCACGCUGGUGUUCAUCCAGAUUCUGGCUAUGGAAGCAAUCCAUAUUGUUUUGGUCCUUUACGAUGAGAGAGCAACAUAACCCCAACACUGGCCCAAGAACGGCCAUGGAAAUCCUUCUAAAAUAUCGUCUACCAACUCACUCGGCUCCUUGGCCUCUUCGAGCGGGUCACUCGGCGCCAAACCCCACAGCACUGUUGCUUUGCGUCUCUUUGUGCACUUGGAAAUGCAUGCAUCGGUACGGAGUUAUCUACAGUCAUGACAUUAUCAUGACAGGUCAAAUGUAUGAGUACAAUGGACAGUCGGCGUUUGGAUUGGGCUGUAAGAUACAUCAGGAGGAUUUGGGAAGCUUUUUUUUUCCACAAAUAUCUGGCUGGCACUAGGAGAAUCAUGGACGGUAAAGCCGCUCCACUUACUUUAGUCUCUGUCGGUACCAACAUCAUAGCGUUCGUUCCAAUAUCGCUACAUUAUUAUUC